AUGGAGAAGAAGCGCCGGGCACGCAUCAAUGUGUCGCUGGAGCAGCUCAGGUCAUUGCUGGAGAAGCACUAUUCACACCAGAUCCGAAAACGCAAGUUGGAGAAGGCAGACAUCCUGGAGCUGAGCGUCAAGUACAUGAAAAGCCUUCAGAACUCGGUACAAGGGCUCUGGCCGGUCUCCAGCGGAGUCGAGUACCCGUCGGGCUUCCGGGGCUGUCUGCCCGGCGUUAGCCAGCUUCUGCGCCGCGAGGAGGAGGGUGGCGGCGGACUGCGCUGCCCCCUGGUGCACGAGCACGUGGCAGGCAGCACCAUGGACAGCGCCAGCCCCGGCCCGGAGGCGUCCGCGCGGCGAGGUCCUUGUGCCCCCACCAUUUGGGCCCCUGAUCCGGCCUCCGGCGGCCCGCGGUCCCCGCCAACCCGGCUCCUCCACCCCAGUGGUCUCCCUGGCCCGUCCACCAACGUCUCGGCACCGCAGGCGGCGUCUCGCCACUGCGCCGAGAGCCCGGGGACGGGGCUGCGCCUGUGGCGGCCCUGGUGA